AUGCUUGAUUCCAAGAGCGACGCCCGUGCUGGCGUUCAAAACGCUGCCACGGGCCCCACAGAGAUUGCACCUCGACCUUUUGACAGGGCCGAUGCAGAUGUCAUCCUGCGCUCUUCAGACCACAUCGAUUUCCACGUCCAUCGUGCCAAACUGAGUAUAGCUUCGUCAUUCUUCAAUGCCAUGUUCUCCCUGCCACAGACAUCCGACACUCAUCUGGACGUCCAGAUCGUCGAUGUCACGGAAGACAGCUCUACGAUGAACGCGAUCCUCCGCAUGUGUUAUCCAGUCGUGGAUCGCUCGAUUUCGUCGUUCGCAGUUCUCUCCUCUGCGCUCCGAGCUGCGCUGAAGUACGACAUGGAACUCGCUGUUGAGCUGUGCAAGCAGUCUCUGAGACUCUGGGUACAUUCGCAACCUCUGCAGGUGUAUGCUGUAGCAUGCCGCGUUGAGGACGAGAGCAUAGCGAGGCUAGCGGCGGUGAAAUUACUCUUGCGAUAUAUACGUGGGGAUAUUGGGAAAGAUGGAGCCGCGUUCUUGACAUUCUGCCAUCCGGAGAGUCCGCCCAUGCCCGAACUCGAUAUCCUUGGCGAUACUGUAACCCACGUCGCCCCGACAUCCGCGCUGCCAGCCGACGCUGAUUGUCCUAUCCUGUUCGCCGAUGCACAAGCCAUUGUAUUGAUCGUUACUGCGGACGAGAGACAGCUCCGCGUAGCGAAAGAAGUUAUCGCACUAGCCUCUCCGAUCUUGUCUGAGAUGUUAUCGAGGGCGCAGGACGCGACGAAGCACUGUAACGAGGAUAAUGAACAAAACGUUCCCAUGCUUCAUGUCGAGGAGAGCAGCCAAAUCAUAAAUCAUCUCCUGCGCAUAUUGCACCCCUCCCUCAUCCCCAGUCCCAUCGACGCCACAAUACUGCCGAAUCUUCUUCAAGUCGCCAUAAAGUACAAAAUGGAGAAGGUGGUCUGGUUCCUGCGUCAGCAAUUCGACAGUCUGUCUGCUUCAGAGCCGCUGCGCCUGUACCUUCUUGCCGCAUCCCACGGGUGGAAGAAAGAAGCUUGUACGGCAGCGAAGGCCGCGCUGGACCAACGAUUUGUUGAUUUGGAGAAAACAUAUGUUUCUGAGCUCGAAGUAGCGCCAGCAGGACCGUAUUAUCGCCUACUCAAAUAUCAUCAGGCAUGCGGAGAGGCGGCUAGUGUGGUGAAAAUAUCCGAUUUCAAGGUCGAGGACUUACACAGUUACCAUUAUCACCGAGACUGUCACUGGCGCGGAACAGCUCAUGUGCAACAACUGGGGAGAUGGUUGCAGGAGCGGCCAGCGCCGUCAGGUUUUAUCGCAGGUCUCGUUGCGACGGGUACGGAGAACGUGAACGGCCCUGGAUAUUGCGAUGUACCGGUUUCUUUUGUUGAAGACAUUACCUUCCUGUCUCAGGUUUUCGACAGAGGGCGCGAAAUAGAGGCCGCAAUCGCCAAGGCGAGUGCAUUAUUCAUCGUUUACAACACCCAGCCCUAG